GCAGAGGUUGGUGGUAUGAGCACUCGUCCCACCUUUCUCUCCUCACCGUCAAUGGGUGCAACGCCUCGAAGGAGUAAGAUGAGCCUGAGGGCCAUCACCCUCUGCAUGGCUCUCAUGGCAAUACUCUCAUCUCAAUGCGCUGCCACUUCCCACCGCUCCUCCCGCUCUCCACCUGUCACAGAGCCUCCUCUUUCUGCUCCCCCACCCUUCCACCACCACCACCACCGCCACCAUGAACCCCACGUCUCACCCCCUCCGGAACCCUCAUACCAUCACCAACCAAGGUACCGCUAUACCCCGCCACCUCCAAGCCAGUCAGCCAAACCUCCAUCCUACCACCUCUCACCACCACCGCUGCUGCUGCCACCUAGCCGUGUUCCUCACCGCUCGCCGCCACGAUCUCCACCUUCAUCUCCGCCACCACUGCCACCUCCAUCUCCACCACACUUGUGUCCUCCUCACCGCAAAAAAUCACCACCACCAUCACCACCAACGCCGCCAUCGCAUGCUUAUCCUCCUCCGGUGAAGAAACACUACACUCCACCGCCACCACCGACACCAUCCUCCAAACCUCCUUCCCCACCCAUCCAGCCCAUUUAUCCUCCACGAACACCAAACCGUCCCCACAAGUAUCCACCGCCGCCGUCGCCGCCACCCCACAUGCCUCCUCCCCCACCCAUCCGCCAGUUCCACCCUCCACCACCACCAACCCACCACCCUAAACAUCCACCGCCGCCACCGUCCCCUGUACGCAAAUUACCGCCACCACCUGUACACCGUAACGAGACACCGCCACCUCCUCGCCGUCACAAGUCUCCACCACCGCUGCUACCACCAGUCCACACCUCACCACCACCAGCCAUCUACCAUAAGAAGUCACCUCCACCUUCUCCCACUGUCAAGUCUCCACCGUCCCCACGCCCCGGGAACUCAGUUGGACCAGGCCACUAUGCCCCUUCACCACCGCCCUACCAUUAAAGACUGGUCUUAGUAUUUCAUCUUCUAGAGCUCGGACCAUCCUGCAAAAGUAAUACGCUAGCAGUCUUCAAGAAGGAAGCCUUGCCUUGCUGCAGAUGAUGCAGAGCGUGGCUGAUCAGUAGCAGUUAGUAUUAUAACUAAAAGUGAUGUGGCGUAGCUGGAAAUAAAGUUUAGACUAGAUCUUGAAGAGGCGUACUGUUGUCUGUCAAAUUGUUCCUACGAUGGCCGAUUGCUUUCCUUUUUCCCUUUUUUUUUUUUUGGGUGUGUGAUCGGAGACAAUGGCUGAUUGCACCUUAUCACUUUUCGUCAUCUAUUCACUCCACUAGUUUCUUGUUUGUGUUUAUAUACCCCACGAAUCCUUUGAAGGUUUGAUCCAUGUAAUGCACCAGUACUCCUAGGCAAUUUGCUGACGUAUAAUAAACAAAGGAGGGAUGAGAGCAGAUCAA